AUGGCUUCUACUGUUCCUCUUCAUCGUCACCUCACUCACUGCUUCUCUAUCUCCCAGUGUAAAUAUAUGGAGGUUUUAGUGCAGCAUGGAUGGACCGCAAGACCACCCAGAUACUCGUUCUUCAGAAACAGAGAAAGCAACAUUAAUCUCUCUAGUAUCAGCAGACCCAUUAAAGCUUUUUCAGUUGAGAUACCUUCAUACCCUCUCCUUCAACCUCCCCAAGUUGAAGAAGAGUCUGAUUCUGAGUUGGAACCAGCAGACCCUGAUUUCUACAGGAUAGGUUAUGCUCGAAGUAUGCGUGCUUAUGGAAUUGAAUUUAAGGAAGGGCCGGAUGGAUUUGGAGUUUAUGCUGCCAAAGAUGUUGAACCACUUCGCCGUGCAAGGAUGGUUAUGGAAAUCCCAAUAGAGUUGAUGUUGAAUAUAAGCAAGAAGCUUCCAUGGAUGUUUUUUCCAGAUAUAAUACCAUUGGGUCAUCCAAUAUUUGAUAUUAUUAAUUCAACCGAUCCAGAGACAGAUUCAGACCUGCGGUUAGCGUGCCUUCUUUUAUUUGCAUUUGAUUGCGAAGAUAACUUUUGGCAACUAUACAGUGACUUCUUACCUGGCGCGGAUGAGUGCCCCAGCUUGCUUCUAGCAACAGAGGAGGAGCUUUUGGAGCUUCAGGAUGAGAAUCUUGCAUCAACUAUGAGAAAACAGCAACACCGAGCCUUAAAGUUUUGGGAAAAGAAUUGGCACUCUGGUGCUCCACUCAAAAUAAAGCGCCUAGCUCGUUAUCCUGAGAGAUUCAUUUGGGCACUUAGUAUGGCACAAUCACGAUGCAUUAACAUGCAAAUAAGGAUUGGUGCGUUAACUCAAGAUACAAAUAUGCUAGUUCCUUAUGCUGACAUGCUAAACCAUUCCUUUGAGCCAAACUGUUUUUUCCAUUGGCGAUUCAAGGAUCGCAUGCUUGAGGUGAUGAUAAAUGCCGGGCAACAGAUAAGAAAAGGAGAAGAGAUGACUGUCAAUUACAUGAACGGGCAGAAGAAUGACAUGCUCAUGCAACAAUAUGGUUUUUCAUCACCAGUGAAUCCUUGGGAUGCAAUCCAAUUCUCUGGCAAUGCACGCAUACAUUUGGAUUCUUUCCUGUCAGUCUUCAAUAUAUCUGGCCUGCCUGAAGAAUAUAGUCAUAAUGGUCAUAUAUCCAGAGAGGGAGAUUAUUUUGUUGAUGGAGCUGUUAUAGCAGCAGCAAGAACGUUGCCCGCUUGGUCAGAUGGAGAUCUGCCUCCAGUCCCAAGCAUAGAAAGGAAAGCUGUGAAGCAAUUGCAAGAAGAAUGCCGGCAGAUGCUAUCAAAAUUUCCUACAACUUCUAAGAAAGACCAGAAAAUACUAGUACCAAGCGUUGCUUUCCUAGUAGUUCAUGUUCCUGUAUCUAGAGUUCUAGACAUGACCAACAAUGGAUGCAAGUAUGGCUCGAGCAGAAGACGGAGAUUGCCAUCUGGAUCAAGUCAUGAGUGUAAAUGGGAUCGGUUAUUAGCUUUCACCGCAUUUAACCAACCUAAAAGGAUUGGAUGA